GCACAAGAACCAGUUGCGGAAUGGCCUGCGGCCGAGCCUGGAACCAUGGCUUCUGAACCUACUAUAUCAAAUGAAAAAUCAAGCCCUAGUAGCAGCGAAGGUGAAAGUGAGACUGAUACUGAAAGUGACAGCUCUGAUGACAGUGAGAGCAUGGAGAGCUUGUCCUCAUUUGAUCAGUCUGAAGAAGAAGAUCAUCUAAGCUCAGAAGAUGUAGUAGAAGAGACAGCUUAUGGGCAGUUACCAUGUGAGUUUGGAAUUAAUGAAGAGAAGCCAUCAGAAGUUGAAGCUACAGGCGAAAACAGCUAUGAUUUAGAAAAAUCAGGAUUAACUGAAUGUAAGCAAAUUCUGAGGGCCCUCUCAUUGAUGAUUUGGAAAACUCUGUCAAAAUCUAAAAUGGCGAGCUUACUUAAAGACUUUGUUGAGUCUGAAUUUUUUUUGAUUGAUGGAGAUUCAUUACUCAUCGCUUGUUUUCUUAAUGUGAACUUCAAGAAAGGACAAACUCUUCACUUCUUUUAUAUUGUAGAACAAUUUCUGCAUGAUUUCAUCCAAAAGGAAGCCAAAUUUGUAUUAGUUUUUUUUAAGGAUGCAGAAAAUCUGUAUUAUAAUUACCCUGAAAUUCUGGCCCUUCGUACCAUAUUGAUUUAUCAUUUAGAAUACAACACUGAUGUCACUAUUCAUACAGAAUUUUCCAACUGUCUGACACCAGAAUGGGAGAUAUUUCUUAAAGAAUGUUAUCCAUAUUUCCUCAUUGUCUCAGAUAAGGGAAUAUCAACUCAUCAAACAGAUUUUUUAAACAUUUUGAUCAUGCAUGCUCUUCAGAAGAAAAUCAAUAUUGUACAGAUUUUGGGAAUAGAGUCCGAUGUCCUUAGAAUUUAUGGAUACUGCGCCUCAAGUCUCUAUAUGCACAAACAGUUUUUUGAAAAGCAUGAGAUACAACUGCAACAUGCCUUACAUGCCUACAUAAUAGAGUUUUACCAAAGGUCACAGGAGAGAGAAAUAUUUCUCUAUGGUCAUUUGAAACUAAACUUGGGAGAAAUGCAGAAAGAGAUACAUCAGACCUUGUCCUUGCUUCUCAAUCUGUGGCCUGAAGGAGCUGAUGUAAGAAGUGUUGUCUGCUCUAUUUCAUGUGCUGUGACACUAAAACACUAUAAAAAAAUUUUACAUGAUGCCCAAGACUACGAAAACCUAAACAUCUGCACAGAAAAUCAUAACACACAGGACUUGAAGAAACCCCUAACACUAAAGGAAGCAGCAGAUCUUUGCAGAAUGCACUGUCUUAGUGUGAUUUUCCUUCAACGUUUACCCCUGUUUCAAAGAGCUAAGAGUAGAAUUAUUACUUAUACUUGGGACAGAACACUUGUGCCAUUUCUAAAGAUGCUAAAAAGAUGUCAAUUUUUCAUCUUAAAACAUUUAAAAGCAAGGAAUAAUUGGAAUGUGAAUUUCACUGGCCUACCUGAUUUAACUGAUAAUAGUUUGUGGAAAAAUAUUGCUUAUUAUUAUGAAAUUGAACAUAAUAGAGGGCUCAAUUUGGAAUUGGGUAACACUUUGAAACAGGGAUACGAGGAAUUGUGGAACACAGUCUUAACAUUAUCAGAGGAUGAUGAUUUCGGAGGAUCUAUGCCUGUGAGGACAACAUCCAGACCAUUUCUUACACAGAAAAAAACAUCACCUAGAGUACCAGGAUCAAAUCAAGGAAGUCAUAAAUUAGGACUCAUUCCUCUGAAAGCUGAGAUUAUAGAAGAUUAUGCUGGAGAUAUUUUGUCAGAACUACCUUUUCUAAGCAGUGAUGACCCAGCUGUUACAUCUCUUUCUAAGAAGAAAGAAUUUGAUGAACUCACACACUGGCAUUCUUCUAGACCUCUCAGUGAUGAUUUUGAAAGGACAAAGUGCAACAGUGAUGCUAAAUCCAAGGACGCCAAAGGAAUAAGGGACAUGCAGAAAUUACAUCAUUUUUAUCAUGUCUUUGGAAAAUCUUUGGUAGGAAGUAACAAAUCAAUAAGGAUUACAAGAGGAAGUGCUCUGCCACCUCCAGAAAAUUCUUCAGUACAAAAGAAAAAAAAACACCAGACAAAUGCAGAAAAAUUUAUUGAGGAAAACCAAAAGAGACAGCUAGCUAAACUAGAGAAAAAAGAGGAAGAAAGAUGGAAAAACUUGUCAGUAUAUAUUGAAAAGGAAAUGAAAGAAAAUCCUAAUUCUGGAAUAAAAAAACUAGAAGAUUUUCUCCAAACAUGCCCUGUUAAAUCUGUAAAAUUUGCUGCAGAAAUGGUAGGAUUGGAUGCCUGUUUCAAAUUAUGGAUGGAAUGCUGUUCAAAACCAGAAACAGAAUCCAGAGAUAUGAACAUAAUAAUUAACUUGAUGAAAAGGAUUCAUAUAAUCCAUGAAAAGCAUUCAGAACUAUUAAAAAAUACAGAUCGACGAAAAUUAGCCAAAUAUUUAAAAUACGUUGGAUUUGACAACUUGGCACACUCAUUAUAUCCUCAGGUACAGGAAUCAAGUGCUGAGAAGGAUAUUUCUAAAUAUUCAGUUUGUAUGGGAGCAGCUCGGUUUCAGUUAACAUAUAUGGGCCAUUACUUACUUCGAGAAGAAAGAAGUGAUCCAGAUCCCAGGGUGCAUCAUUUUAUACCAGACACAUGGCAGAGGGAACUUCUUGAUGUGGUAGAUAACAAUGAAUCUGCUGUAAUUGUUGCCCCGACAUCAUCAGGGAAAACCUAUGCUUCUUACUACUGCAUGGAGAAAAUCCUGAGAGAGAGUGAUGAAGGGGUGAUUGUGUAUGUUGCUCCAACAAAGGCUCUUGUUAAUCAAGUGGUAGGAACUAUCUGCAGUCUAUUUACCAAAGCACUGCCAAAAGGACUAGUGGUGUGUGGAGUGUUUACAAGAGAUUACCGUCAUGACACCUUGAAUUGUCAGAUAUUGGUGACAGUGCCUCAGUGCUUGGAAAUACUCUUGUUAUCACCUCGUAAUCAAAAGUGGGUGAAAAGGAUGAGAUAUGUCAUCUUUGAUGAGGUUCACUGUCUUGGGGGAGAAAUUGGAGCAGAAGUUUGGGAGCAUCUUCUUGUUAUGAUUCGAUGUCCCUUUCUGGCACUUUCUGCUACUAUCAGUAAUCCUGAACAUCUCACUGAAUGGUUGGUGUUAAUUAAAAGAUACUGGCAACAUGUCGAAAGCAAAAUGGAAAAUUCUAGUUCAUUGCAAAAUGUCUUGAAAGUUUCAAAGAAACAACAAAGAAAAAGAAUAGAAAAGCCAUCCUACAGAGUUAGACUGGUGUGGUACACAGAGCGAUACAAUGAUCUAGAAAAAUAUGUGUGUUCCCUAAAGGAUAAUGAUUUUAUCAUUGAACACUAUCACCCAUGUGCUGCACUUACAGUCAACCAUAUAAAGAAGUAUGGAAUCCCUUUAGACCUUGGAUUUUCUCCACGGGAAAGCAUACUGCUUUAUGAUGCGAUGGUACAUGUUUGGCCAGAAUGGACAAGAAUGAAAGAGUUAGAACCUGAAGAAUUCAGCUGCUUCAAAAAUAAAAUAGUCAUAACAAGGGCAGAUGCUAAGAAAUAUGAAGAGGAACUGAAAAAGGAAAUAAUUCACUGGAGUCAGCUGGACCCAAGCAAGGUGAAUCAGUUAUUCAUGUACCUUAAGCCUCAAACUUUUGACAGUGCAGAAAUUGAAAAGCGAAGGAUGUUUCCUCAUUUUGUGGAAAAACUUAAAGAAAUGAAUAGGCUGCCUGCAAUAUUUUUUUCAUUUAACAUUCACUCAGUGGGACUUUCAGCUUCACGACUUUUUACACAUUUGAUAAGCAAACAAAUUACUCAUAACAAUCCAAAUUCUGAAAGAGAGAAGAAAAUUUUGAUCAAGAAACUAUGGAAAGCAAGAAAAUCUCAAAAAAGAAACAUUGCCGCUUAUUUUAAUUCAGAUUCAGGUGCUAGAAUACAAAGAAUCAUUUUAUUAGCAGCUGAAAUAAAGGAAAUUAAAAAAAACCUUAAGAAACAUUAUGAAAUUUCACCAGACUGUACUUACACUGACCGUACAGUUGUGGAUUAUCAGACUUUAGCAAAGAUCCUACGCAGACUGAGAGGAACAAGACAAUGCUACAAACUACACGGUCUGUUAAAGCGGGGCAUUGGAUAUCACCACGGUUCGAUGGAAAUCAGACAAAGACAAGUUGUAGAGAUGCUUUUCAGACUGAAGCACCUCAAGGUGAUAACAGCUACCUCCACCCUUGCUUUGGGAAUUAACAUGCCAUGUAAAUCUGUUGUUUUUAUGGAAGAUUCCGUUUUUUUGGAUGCCUUGAACUUUCGACAGAUGUCUGGUCGUGCAGGAAGACGUGGAGAAGAUCUUAUAGGAAAUGUGUUCUUCUAUGAUAUUCCAUUACCUAAGAUAGAAAGGCUUUUAAAAUCGAAUGUGCCCAAACUGAAGGGUCAAUUUCCUUUAAGUAUAUCCUUGGUUCUCAGACUUAUGCUUUUAGUUGCCAAAGCAGAUGACAAGGAGGAUGCCAAAGCAAAGGCAUUGUCGGUUCUCCAAUAUUCAUUGAUGUCCUUCAAGCAACCAAAGAUCAAUUGCAUGUUAAAGUUUUAUUUUAUAUAUUCUUUGCAAUUCUUGGUUAGAGAGGAAUAUCUGAAUCUAGAAUGUAUUCCCAUUGGUUAUUCUGGUCUCGUGUCACAUUUGCACUACCAUGAACCUGCAAACUUUGUUUUAGUAAGCUUGCUGAAGAAACGCUUAUUUCACAAGCUGUGUGUUCCAACCAAGAUAAAAGGCCAAAAGAGCUUUUCUGAAGAAGUGAUGGAAACAUUAGUGGUGGUGUUAGCAAAUCUUUUUGGAAGACAUUAUCUUCCUCCCUGUGUGAAAAACUUUAAAAAGGAAUUUUCUCAUUCAGUGGUAGUUCUAGAUGAUCUUCCCAAGGAAUUUGCUGCAGUGGUAGAGGAACACAACACCAGAAUUCAAGAGAAUUUUGGUUCCUUCCUCCUAACAAUUUCCAAGUUGGCUGACAUGAGAAAAGAAUCCCAACUACCUCUCUCAGAAAUUGACUUUUCAGGUAAAGAAUGUGAAGACUCUGAACUGGUUUCUCAUUUGAUGCCUGGGACCGAGAGCAGAACUGCUGUCUCCCCAUUUGCUUGCCUGUCCAACAUAACAGAUCAAGAUUUAUUUGAUGUUGAUGUGAUAAAUGAUGCUAUGUUACGAACAAUUGAUGUGAAUGUUCAAAACAUCCCUUUCCUUUGCUUGAAGAAAUAUGAUAUGAAUGGAAGGAAGUGUCCAUUGAAUGGUUAUGUAUUGAACUUCUAUAAAAACCGUUCCCUGUCAGCACUAACUUUGGAUAAUUGGUUAAAUAUGGGAGAUGCUUUUACUCUUAUCAGGGAUUUUGCACUGACUGUUCAGUCCAUCAGGAUUUCACUGAGUGAAUUAUGUGAUGAUGAAGAUGACAAUGUUGUGUUAGCAUUUAAACAGCUGAGUAAAGCAUUCCGUUCAGUCUUAGGAAAAAAAGCAAUAGACUGAAUAUUACAUUUUACUCAAGUACUGUGCUCCUAGAAAACAGAAAUGGCCAAGAAAUGUUCUUGCCCUUCUGUGUCUCACAAAAUGGUUUACCCCAAAGAACCACCCUUUCUUCUGUGACAUAGAUUAGAUUUACAGGUAACACCCCUGUGUUCCUAUGACAAUCUUCAAUAUACACUCCCAACUCCCAUUCUUUGCCUCCUAAAUGAUUAGCUGAACUGUUCUCUCCUGCUGACAAAAACCUGCUUGCUUGCCUUGACCAACGUUUGUUAGGCUUCUCCCCUCCCCACAGGUCCUGACCCUUAAUCUACCCUUAAGGCCUUCCUGAAAAUCACCUAGAGGCAUUCUCAGAUCAGCUAUCCCUGAUCAACUGUCCAAUCUCAGAGCAACUAUGACUAGGAAACUCAAUCAAAGACAUCCCAAGAUCACCACACAUUCAUGCCAUUUCUUAUACAUAAUUAUUUCUAGCCUUGUUUUUCUAUCCAUAGAAAUUAAAAUUAUGUUCUGACUGACCUUGAGACCACUGAAAAUCUCACAGGCAGAGUGCUUUCCUAUUUCAUUAGCCCCCCCUUUCCUAUUGCA